CGCUCUCUUGUGUGACGUCACGCAAAAGAGCGUCGCUACGUUCCUUGGCGGACUCCCCCGAGUGCGACGCGGUAGUGAGUGAGUGAGAGCUGUAAGAGCGGCAAGCGGGCUUUUCCUUGGCGCCAUCAUCAGUGCUUUGCAGAGUGGAGCGGAAACGAACCCGAACCUUCUGCAGAACCCGCUGAGGUAGCGCGCGCGCUGGACGCUGGAACCCCGAGGACUCGGAGGAGGAGCGCGCGCAUUUUUACCGCUAAAAGUAGCACACUGCGUGAGCGAGGAUUCUCAUCAUCUGGACCUGCUUAAAAGUCUAGCUUGUCCAUCAGUUUGAACAAGAAAAAGGAGCCAACGCCAUGGCCAGACUGAACAAGACUGUGAUCCUGGCUCUUCUUGUUGCUUCCAGUUCAGUGUUCCUUCUCUUUCAGUUAUAUUACUACAGACACUAUAUAUCGAAGCAUGGCAUAUACCCCUCCAGUAAUGAACACUGGCAACUGGAAACUGAUGCACAGCUGCAGGUGGUGAAGAUGUUCCUAGGACUGAUGUCCAGGUAUAACGUGCCGGUGUUCUUGAUUGACACUGCUGCUCUGGGCAACCUUUCUCAAGUCCCUCCCAAGGAGUACCGCUCUGGGCAGCGGCACUGCAGCUUCCUCUGCACUCGCAGAGAGUUCACCACCUUUGCAGUGUUUGCAAAGUUCUGGAAACAUGAUACGAGCCUGCCUCGGGUUGCUGCAGAACAUGGGCUGGAGCUGCUUGAGGUACGAGGCAAUGACCCCCGUCUGGUGGGCCUAGACAACCUCUCUGGGACAACGAUUCCCCUGCAUUUACUGUUCUCCUCGAAGGGUCAUGUUGUCCACCUUGUAAUCUUCUAUGAGCGCAGUGGGAAUUACCUGUGGCAUGGCCCCUUGCGACUCAAGAGCAGCAUAGACAGGAAGCUUAUUCCCUUCCAGAAGCUCGACUUUGGACGUCAUGCUGGAGCUUUUGACCGACCAGAGCUGUUACUGAGCUCAGUGGACGGACUGGAUGUGUGGAUCCCCAAGAACACCUCUCGUUUCCUUACCGAGUACAGCCAUGCACGCUUCGUGGAGUGCCGAUACAGGGAUGCACGCACCUUCUAUCAGCUGUACCCUGAGGACACCUCCCCAGAGGCCACGGACUUCAGAAUGAAGGCCAGGAGUCUGCUUUCUGUGGCAUCCCAAACUCUUACUGGCCUCGGGAUACCCUUCUGGCUGAGCAGUGGGACCUGUUUAGGCUGGUUUCGCCAGUGCAGUUUAAUUUCAUACAGCAAGGAUGUUGACCUGGGUAUCUGGAUCAAGGACUACAAGCCUGAUAUCAUCCACGCUUUUGAGAAGACCGGUUUGCCUCUGAAGCAUAAAUUUGGAAAAGUGGAAGACAGCCUUGAGCUCUCUUUCCAAGGCUUUGAUGUGAAGGUGGACUUCUUCUUCUUCUAUGAAGAGGGUGACAUUGUAUGGAACGGAGGGACACAGGCCAAGAGUGGCAAGAAAUUCAAGUAUGUAUUUCCAAGGUUCAGCCUGUGCUGGACAGAGCUGAUGGAACUCAAGGUACGCGUUCCCUGUGAGACGCUGGACUAUGUCGAGGCCAACUAUGGUCAGAACUGGAACAUUCCAGUGAAGUCCUGGGACUGGAAGAGCUCACCUUCCAAUGUGCAGGAGAAUGGGGCAUGGCCAGUACGAGAGUGGAGCGAGGUCAUCAGGGUGUACUGAACUAUCAAAGAUGAAGAACCUCAUUAGGUGCACACAGAAGGUUUUCAGUCAGUCAAGCUCUAGUUUCUUUGUGGAAACUUUAAUAAUAGUGAAACAGCAUAAAGUACUGAUGAAACAUGAUGUUCAUACAUACUUGUUUUCCCAGUGUUUUAUGUAAAUGUGUUGUGUAUGUACAUGUGUAUAUAGACUGAUGUGGAAAUAUGUGAAUAUCGAAGACAAUGUAUUGUUUUGGGAUUUGUGUGUGGUAAUCUGCUUAAAUCUCCACACAAUGCGACAAAGAAGUGCAGUGGUGAAUACAGUGUAUUGUUAGGUAAUGUUUGUAUAGUACGGGUGGUGCAGCUCUAUCUGCUGUGUAGCUGCUUGUCUGCGGUGUGUGAAGGCGAGAAAGCCAGGAGCAUUUGGAAUGAGCCGGGGCUGGACGCUGGUGUGCGAAGGGCUUACGGACACACAGCCGUACACCAGUCUGCUAUUAUCAGCUGCAGCGACACUGUUUCAAUGGACUUUCAGAGGGCAGGAUGUGCUGUACGACCGCACACACAACUGGUGUGGAUGCAGAUGCUGCCAGAUACUCCGGUUUCAUUUAUAUGUGUUUGUUGCACUGUUUUACAUUUUGAUAACUUUAAAUCCACUCCAUACUGUCUCACGCUUGGUUACGUGAGAACUGGCUGUGCUCAGAGUGCCACAGGGAUGUGAUGCAAAAACUAGGUAUGACAAAAGUUACACAUUGGAAUAGAAAUGUUUAAUAUCUGAAUAUGGCACAUGAACAAAUGCACAUUACAAUUAAUUAGUGGCAAUAUAUUUAACUUGAUCAAUACUCAGUUGAUCAGUCAGCACUCAGCAAGCGCGCACACACAAAUCCAGCCUAAACCUCUGAAACACACAGAACAACAGGGAGGCCAGCAAUUCCCCCAUAAUUCUCCGAAACAGUAGACGGUUAAACUAUGUACAGUACACACACACGGGGGGCAGCACUGCAUUAAGGGAGGCCACAGCUCCCUCGUACCACUAAAGUAACUACAAACCCAUGAUUUCAGCAUGAUAUAAAUUCCGUUGUGACUAUGAAACACUUAAUGAGGUCAUGAAAAUAUUACAAUAUCUCCCAGCAUCGAAUGUAUGUGAAAAACCAUCACGUAAGCUUUCUAAUUAUUAUUAUUAAUAAUAAUAAUAAUAAUAAUAAUGACAGCUGCGGUGUCUCCUCAGUCCCCAACAUCAGAGAAACAUUCAACUGAUGCCAAUAUCACCUCCCCACUGAAGGGCUGUAUAGUGGUGAAAAUUACGGCAAUAAAAUGAUCGCCUGUAUGAAUGGGUAAACGAUUGCCAGUACCUUAAUGUCAUGAGUCACUUUGGACGAAGUGUCAGCUAAAUGAAUAAAUGUAAAUUAGACACAAUGUGGCCAAGCGACACUCCUGAAGAAUUUACUGCACUUCCCAUAAUACAACACUCUCUCAUUAACGUACCAACAACGAAGAGCUCUGGAUGUAGACGUGUGAAUCACUUCCUGAUAAAACCCUUCAUAAGGGAAUUAAUGAGUCAGUUUAUAAGCAGUAAGUUGUUUAAAUGAGCUGUGUUUUCCUUACAUGCAGUAGCAGGAAAAUCAGUACAAGUAAAGUGUGCUGCUCGAAAUGGGGCUAUUGGACUCAGUGUCUGCAUUUCAGCAAUUGUGAAUCUCCAUCUAUAUCGCUUUCUCUGCUGGGGAAAUGCACUUUUGUUCAUGAUAUUGUAUUUGGUUAAUGAAUAAAUGUAAAGUAUCAACAACAUGGAGAGCUCCAUGAGGUGGGUGGCACUAGGCCCCAAAGACCAGAAGGUAGCACAGUAGUUACAGUGACUACCUCCAGACUCAGAAUUUGCAGUUUCAAAUCCACCUUCUGCUGUAAUGAUGUUGUAAUAAUUGCAAUGUUCAUGUUUCCUGCUGUAUCCAUGGGCUGUAAAUACUGCAACUUCCUUUGGAGAAAUUCAUUAAAUGAAUGAAUAUAUAAAUAUUGUGAGACAGGUAGUGACAAGUUACAUUACAAGCAAUCUGAAAGCAAGUUUUUGCAGAAAUUGUACUUUUCGACGUAC